AAGCACAGUUGCUUUUGCCAUGGAGCCUGCAAAUCCGAGCGACCUCCUUGCUCUCCGCUCAUGCUCUGGCAUUGCACCAGACAUGCAGCAAGCUAUCCAGUUGCUGUCUCGUGGCGGGAACGUUGGAAGGUCCAAUCCCGGUGUUGCGGAGUGCUUGAUGAGGAUCAAGGAGAUUGAUGCUCAGGCUCAAGUAGAGCAAUGCAAACUGUCUGAGUCUGGCAUGACUGAACGCCAGCGGAUUGUCGAGGAGCAGCGCUCAAAACGCUUCGAUUGCUUGGCGGAGGUGAUACAGGCUUCUGUACGAGAAGGUGCAGUCACCACCCGGCAAGCCAUUUCUGCAAGGGCAGAGGUUUCAAAGCAAACCAUCAAGGGCAAUGUGCAAAUUGAGGAGAGCCGGCUCAAGGCACAAAGCAGCUCCAAUUUGUGGCAAUGGGCUAUGUUGACUUUCGUCUUCACAGCCAGCAUGGGUGUCCGUAUUCGCCACGCCUCUCAGAGAUCAAGCCUGGUGCGACGGCUCUUCCAUUUACUGCCCUGGCUCCUGUUGGCACAUCUAGCAUGGAGGAAGUUGCGGAAGAUGCAGCUGUCUGUUUGGCAGCUGCUGAACAUGACGAGAUGGCAAUCCCUUCUAUCCCUUGAGAAUCUUCAAGGUGCUUGGAGUUUGUGGUCAGACCGCACAGAAUUGGUUGACUCAAAAAGCAGCCAUGGGGACAGGGCAACUCCAGACAACGAAGUAGAGACGGCCAGUCCAGCCAAAAAGACAAUUGAGGAGGAUGGGUCCAGCCCUGCAUCCAACAAAGCUCCUGAGGAGGAGCUUCAAGAUGCUGCUGAGUCAAACAACUGCAGCCUUCAGCAUUUUCUACAGCCAGCUGGACUCGAAGCCUACGCGGAUAGUCUAGCUGCGAAUGGGUACGAUACCGAGGUUUUAAACGAUUUGGACAGCGCGGACCAAGAAGAAAUGCUCCAGACGAUCAACUGCUUGCCGGGCCACAAAGUGAAGUUUCGCAAGUUGCUUUCAAAAAGCCAAAGCCAUCGGAGCGAUGCCAAAGAUGCAUAAAA